AUGAAACUCAUGGAACUAUCGAUAAUCGAACAGACAACUUUCAUUUAUUAUCAUGUUCUUGGAAUCUUUGGAGUUCCUGCUAAUUUCCUGACAAUUGUUCUACUGUCUCGAGGAGGCUGUGGUCUAUCCAAAGGGAUCACUCUUUACCUAGUCAGUAUGACAACAGCAGACCUACUGAUCAUUAUUUUCAAUGUAAUAAUCUAUUACAUACUUGGUGACUAUUUCCCAAUUUCACUUCUACACUAUACUUCCAUCGCAAGCGUUAAUGAGGUUAUCAACUAUGUGGUUAUUGACUGCUCUGUCUGGUUGACAGUCGCUUUCACUGUCGAUCGCUUUGUCCUCAUUUGUUGUCAAAAGUUCAAAGAGAAGUAUUGCAGGGAGAAAACUGCAGCUGUAGUUACAGUGACCGUCUGUAUUGUGUUCUGUUUCAAAAACAUCACCCUGUAUUUUGCUUUUGAACCUGUCUAUAUAGUUAACAAUGUGGAGUGGGGAGCUCAAUUUCAGCUAACCUACUUUACUUUGCCAGGAUGGGUCACUUUUGACUGGCUUGAUACAAUUUUAAACCCACUGUUGCCGUACUUUCUGAUUUUAUUUCUCAACGUUCUGACUGUUAGACACAUUGUGAUGGUUAAUCGAACCCGCAGAGCACUGCGAGGUCAACACAACAACCAGAACAGCGAUGAUCCAGAGAUGCAGAGCCGAAGGAAAUCCAUCAUUUUACUAUUCUCCAUUUCUGGUACUUUUAUCGUGUUGUGGAUGCCAUAUGUUGUAUUUUUUCUCAUUUCCCGAAUUACAGGCAGACAUUAUGUUCCAGUUCAACAUACCGAUCCCUUACUUAUCGCAGACUACACCAGCGAUAUGUUUCAACUGCUGAGCUCCUGUACAAACACGUGUAUUUAUGCACUGGCCCAGACUAAAUUCAGAGAGAAGCUGAGAAAUGCAAUAAUGUAUCCAUUUAUUGCAAUUAUUAAAUCUGUCAAAUAA